AUGACCGCUCCGACAGAACCACAAUCAAGCACAUCAAUCACAAGCUCCUCCACAGCGGCGAUGAAAGCACCGUCCCCGAUCCAAGUGAACCCCCAGCGCGCCGCAUUCCUCGUCCAGAACCUCUCCUCUAUCCAGUCCCGCAUAGCCAGCACACUGUCCUCCCUCCCGUCGCCCCAGUCCGGCCGCCAGGUCCGCCUCGUCGCAGUCUCCAAAUUAAAACCGGCCUCGGAUAUCCUCUCGCUGCACAGCCCUCCGCCGCUGCCCAGUCCCGAGAAACCACCCUCGCCCUCAGCCUCAGCCUCAGCCUCAGACCCCUCGGCCGCCGCCAUCGGUGCGGGCCAUCAGCACUUUGGCGAGAACUACGUGCAGGAACUACUCGAGAAAUCGCGACUCCUGCCGCGCACGAUAAAGUGGCACUUCAUUGGGGGACUGCAGUCGAACAAAUGUGUCCAGCUGGCGAGGGAGGUGGAAGGGCUGUGGGCGGUGGAGAGCGUCGACAGCGAGAAAAAGGCCAGCUUACUCGACAAGGGCCGGGCAGAGCGAAAUCAAAGGCUACACAAGGAGUUUGGCGACCGGUCGAAGGCCGAGUUCGAGCGGAACGGAUGGGAAGACAAACUCCGGGUGUUUAUCCAGGUGAACACGAGUGGCGAGGACAGCAAAUCCGGUCUGGAGCCCGGGUCGGCCGAGUUGGUCUCCCUGGCCAAGUUGAUCAGGAGUGAAGCGUCGUGUCCGAAUCUGCACCUGCAGGGGUUGAUGACGAUUGGGGCAAUUGCUCGAUCCAGGGCCACGACGAAAGAGACGGAGAACGAGGAUUUUAUUACGCUCCGCGCCACGAGGGACAAGAUCGCGGAAGAGAUUGGCCUCACCGACAAGGAAGAGCUCGAGCUGAGUAUGGGAAUGUCGGAAGAUUUCGAGUCGGCAGUGCGGCUGGGUAGUGAUGAAGUGAGGGUCGGAAGUACGAUUUUCGGAGAGAGGCCAGCUAAGAAGGAUGCAAAGGUCGUUGACGACACCGAGACGGAAAAGAAAUGA